GUAUGGAUACGUAAAACAGUAUUAUCUUGCGCAUGUGCAGAACGGAUCGUGCACCGACAACAUCCAUGGUGUGUGGGUGUAUACUUCUGGUAAGAUGGCGAUGUUUUACACCAGAUGUCUCCAAGACCUGCCCAAGUUAACGAUAUCAGACGUCCACAGACUCGUCCGAAAGGGAUGCUCUGCCCCCCGGAGUAAACGGGAAAAGGGGUACAAUAUGUACUUUUCAAGUUUUAUUGACAACUAUGAAGAUUACUUUUGAGGACAGCUCACCAAUUCAAAUUGCUGUGGCUGAGUGCUCCUGUGUGGCUGGAACCGCUCUCUGCAACCACAGUGUUGCACUACUGUAUCAGACCACGAAGUACUCUACGUUGCAACUGAAAGCGGUACCGCCUGUCCUCAGCUGCACAGAAACUGAGCAGCGAUGGCAUAAACCACGACGACUAGGUGUGAAACCAGGCAGAGUGAGUAACAUGGUCUUCAUCUCAACAAAGCCCAAGUCAAGACAGUACACAGCUGCUGAUGGUGUAAGGAGCAAGCGCUACAAAGCAGUGCGGGGGGACUUGCCAGACCCAGAUGUCCUGAAGGUCGACGAGGCAUACCAGGACUUCACGGCAGACCUUGCUCCGCUAAUUACAACACUCUCUAUAAGUAGUGAUGUCCCCCUCGUCGAUUCAGCCUUUGGGACCGUUCAAGAAGGCAGCCCCAUUUCAUACCAGCACCCAGUGCCAGUGAGUAGGAUAAUCAUCCACCACCCAGACGCACCCCCUCCACCACCCCUGCCGUUAGAUGGUCACAGGCUGGACCCAACCACAUGUUCCUUUGUGUGCACUCACCAACAACACCUAAAUGUGAUGUCGCUUAACAUCACUUUCGACAUGGCAAGAUCCAUCGAGAUGGCCACGAGGGAACAGAGUGGCAGCGCAAAGUGGCACAGCCUGAGGAAGAUGAGGCUCACCUCCUCCAGGUUCCGGGAGGUGUGCCAUGUCCGAGGUCACAGCUCUGCAGAGAACCUUGCAGAAAGCAUCCGCAAAGGUGGGGGUUCAGACAGCCUUGAUGAAGAGGGGGCUGGCACUGGAGCCAGUAGCUAUUCGGGAACAUGCCCACAUUAAAAACAUCAACUACUGGCCAUCAGGAUUUGUCAUCCAUCCAGAUGCUGCCUGGCUCGGAUCCUCUCCAGAUGGUGUCGUUUUUGAGCCGACGGAGGCACCACCAUUCGGGCUGGUGGAGGUGAAGUGCCCUAACGUGAAGAGCUAUGUGGACUGCGGGUACCUGCACACGAAGAGUGGCGCCUUGUGCCUGAAGCCGGGCCACAGCUACUAUUGGCAGGUGCAAGGCCAGCUGCUUAUCACCGGAAUGCAGUGGUGCGAUUUUGUGGUUUUUGCAGAGGAGGACCUUCUUGUACAAAUAAUUUAUAAGGAUGCGGAGGUCGCUAGCGUUAUAAGGGAGAGGGGGGAUUAUUUCUUUUUCUAUCAUUAGUUGAUCUGAUCUUUUAAAAACCAAUGGUUCAUUCAAUUAGUUCUGUUUCAAUCAGUUGAUAAAUGUUAUUGUUCUGGUUUUAUUGUUCAUCUUUACAAAUCUAUACAUAACCUGAAGUGAUAAUUGUUCAAUAGGUGUUGAGAUUUCAUUGUUCAGUUUAAUAAACCUCUACAAAACCAAAGCCAAUGUCACUAAUGCAGACCUACAAUUGACCCGAGACCAUAUCUUUUGUACUGAUUGAAUUGAGAGUCUGAGUGUAAAAAGCUAUGUGGUUUGUUAAGUGGAUCAUUGAAUAAGUGUUGUUCAAUAUUUCCUUAUUAAAUUCUACA